AUGAGGCGAAGACCUGGAAUUGGAGGUUUACAGAAUGCCGCCGCUGCUAGGGACCAAUAUCGCGUGCUCGGAGAAAAUGUAGCGAAGCUGAGAACGGAUCUAAUGAAAGAGCAGCUUGCCACUUUUCGGUCUCAGUUGGAAGAAUUUGCUCGCAAGCAUAAGGACUUAGAUAGUACUUCAGCAUGCAACUUCUUUUGCACUUCUAUUGUCAAUGACAUACGCAAGAACCCUGCAUUCAGAUCACAGUUUCAUGAGAUGUGUGCAAAAGUUGGAGUAGAUCCCCUAGCCUCUAAUAAAGGUUUCUGGUCAGAACUGUUAGGGAUUGGUGACUUCUACUAUGAACUUGGUUGGUACCUUCUUCUAGAUUCACUUGCAUCUCUUUUAGUUAUAGGGGUACAAAUUGUGGACAUUUGCUUGGCUACGAGACCCCAUAAUGGGGGUUUGAUCAACUUGGAGGAACUUUGCAAGUUGCUUUGUCAGAGACGAAAGGUUUCUCUUGAAGCUGUGUCUGAGGAUGAUUGCUUGCGUGCAAUUAGUAAGCUGAAGGUAUUAGGUAAUGGUUUUGAGGUGAUUUCUGUUGGAAAGAGAAAGCUUAUUAGAUCCGUUCCAACUGAGUUACAUAAAGACCAUAAUGAAAUUUUAGAGCUAGCCCAGACUCAAGGCUUUGUGACUGCCGAAGAGGUAGAAAGAAGGUUGUCCUGGUCCACUGGCCGGGCCAUUGAUGCCCUAGAAACUUUAUUAGACGAAGGUCUUGCUAUGAUUGAUGAUGGUCAUCCAGAUGGAAAACGUCGGUACUGGUUCCCCUGCGUGUCUUCAAUCUCCUCUUUCGUGGGAGUUGAUGCCCCUUGA